CUCCCUCACCAUCAGCCCACCACCGGGCCCCGGGGCAUUGUGGGAGCGGCAGCCCCGCCAUCUCGCGGCGGCGGCAGUGGCGGCGGGAACGGGAGGCGCCGUCUCUAUGGGAACGGCCGGAGAGUUUGAUGGUGGAGUUCAUAGCUGUUCGAGAACCUGAUAACUCUUUUCCACGAUGGCACCAAUGAAGAUUUAUGGUCAGAUUCGGAUCAACAGCAUUCAGACUGGCACCACCAAGUGGAGGGAAGGCAGUUUUGAAAUUGUUGAGAAAGACAACAAAGCUUCUCUGGUUGUGCUCUUCAAUUCUGGAGGUCCUGCAAAAACAUUCCAGCUGAGCCACAAUGUGAAGGUGGUGAAAAUUAGUCCCUCAAUGAAGCAACAGAGUCGGCUCCUAUUGACGCUGCAAGACAAAAGCAGCCUGAUCAUUGACAAGGCUCCAAGCACUGAUGCUCUGAACCUGAAGGAAUACUUGGAGAACCUGAACCGUGCAGGGGUAAAAUCGCAUCAAGGAUCUGGCAACUUUGGUGGAAAUUUGGGAAACCGGAUUCCGUCGAAGGACUCUCACCGGCAGCGAUUUAACAUAGAGAACCAGACACCAACCAGACGUGAUGAGACUCCAACCCGUAAAACACUGGGCAGCCCAGGCAGAGCCACCCUGCAGCAUGGAGCCAAAACUCCACAAUCAAGCAGCUCCCCAGGAAACCGGAUGGGAACAGCACUGACCCUGACCUCUCACGCUUUACCCAGGACUGAAAAGAGAAAAAGGAUGCUGACUCCAGACCUGGAAUUAACUGAAGAUUAUCCUAAAGAGAAUGAUUCCUCCAGCAAUAACAAAGUAACUGGUGACACUUCUCGCAAAUACUUGAGUAGUUAUCGAGAAAAGCAACUGAGUAUGAAGCAGGCAGAGGAGAGCAGGAGUUCUGGUACAAUGCCACUGCAGAGCUUUUAUGGAAGCAGAGCCUCGUCUAAGGAUUACUCUGCGGGGAAUUCGUUUUUGGACAGGUCCAGCCUUCUGGGCCAGGUUCCAUCAGCUAAAAGGAAUUUGGGAUUUUUACCUCAGCCCAUCCCUCAGUCAGUGAAGAAACUGCGUGCAAAUCAGGAUUACACUGGCUGGAACAGACCCCGGGUGCCUCAUGCCACACAGCUCCCACAGCCACUACAGGGGUUUUCUAACCUUGGCAAUACCUGUUAUAUGAAUGCCAUUCUGCAGUCCCUGUUUUCACUUCAAUCUUUGGCAACUGACCUGCUGAAACAAGGCAUCCCAUGGAAGAAAAUUCCAGCAAAUGCUUUACUCAAGCGAUUUGCCCAUCUUCUGAUCAAAAAGGAUAAUUGCAGCCCAGAGGUGAAGAAAGAGCUACUGAAGAGGGUGAAGAAUGCCAUCUCUACCACUGCUGAAAGAUUCUCUGGAUAUGUACAGAACGAUGCCCAUGAGUUCCUGAGCCAGUGCCUGGACCAACUGAAGGAAGACAUGGAGAAGUUAAACAAGACGUGGAAGAAUGAGCUGGUGACAGGCGAGGAUUCUCCGGCUGCGCGGGGUUGUCAUGAGGCCGUUGCUGCUAGGGUCUUCACCUGCCCUAUUGUCUCCAACGUGGAGUUCGAAGUUCUGCACACCAUCGGUUGUAAAACGUGUUGUGAAAGUGUUACGAAACGAGAACAAUUCAAUGACCUUUCCAUUGAUCUUCCUCGGCGUAAGAAGCUUCUACCACCGAGGUCUAUCCAGGACUCCCUCGAUCUCUUCUUCAGGGCCGAAGAAAUUGAAUAUUCCUGUGAAAAGUGUAAUGGCAAAAGUGCAAUUGUGACCCACAAGUUCAGCAGGCUGCCCAGGGUACUCAUACUCCACUUGAAACGAUACAGUUUUAACGUGCAGCUGUCUGUGAAUAACAAGCUUGGUCAGCAGGUGAUCAUUCCAAAGUACCUGACCCUGGCGGCUCACUGCACAGAGACCACAAGGCAGCCCUUUUCUCUCGGUUGGAACACGCAAUCUGCAAUAUCACGACCACUCAAAACUUCGCAGUCCGUGAACUCAACAACUUCCGCGUCCACGCUGGGGAGGAAGUACUGCUUCAGGUCUGCAGUCGUAAUUCUGGACUCUGACAGUGAGGAGGAGCAGGUGAAGCGGGCAAUGGUGGUCAGCAGGCAGCUGAAUGAGCAGGUCCAGCGUGAGGUACAGCAAGAGGAGGAGGAAAUGCAGCUGGCACUGAAAGCGAGCAAGCGGGAGUCAAGUCGCCCUGCCUCAGCCUCUGCACUGGACUCCUCGUUUGACAGCAUGAGUGAAGACGAGCUGCUGGCAGCCGUGCUGGAGAUCAGUAAGCGGGAAACCCGCUUCUCGUUUGGCAAGGCGGAGGAGCAAGAGAAACCGAGCAGCAGCCCUGACACUGGUUUUGGCGAUGACGAGGCUCAGGAAUUGCUGGAACAACAUGAAUCGCCAGAACCAGAUGGGCCCAGGGCCCCUGUGGAGAUGGAGCCUGCCGAAGUCACGAAAGACUUUGAUGAGAACAAGGAGAAUAAAACUCCAGAGGACUCCCAGUGUGAGAUGGACUGGAUGCAGCAGUAUGACCUGGACAGGGAGCGAGAGGAACAAGAGUUACAGCAAGCACUGGCCCAAAGUCUCCAGGAACAGGAAGCGCGAGAAAUGAAAGAAGAUGAUGAUUUAAAGAGGGCAACAGAGCUGAGUAUCCAGGAGUUCAAUAACUGCAUUGGUGAUCUUAUGGGCUCAGAUGAAGAUUCUGGCAAUGAAGAAAUCCUGGACAUGGAUUAUAGUGAGGUUGAGGCUGAGGAAUUAAAAAGAAAUGCAGAGACAGGUGAACUUGCACAUUCUUACCGGCUAAUCAGUGUGGUCAGUCACAUCGGCAGCUCCUCCUCUUCUGGGCACUACAUUAGUGAUGUGUAUGAUAUAAAGAAGCAGACCUGGUUGACGUACAAUGAUCUGGAGGUAUCCAAGACAAUGGAAGGCACAGUGCAGUCAGACCGAGACAAGAGCGGCUACAUCUUUUUCUACAUGCACAAAGAGAUACUGGAAGAGUUGGCGGAGGAAGAGGAGAAGUGCUCACAACCAACUGGUUUGGACUCCAGCAGGCCUGUGUUACAACCUCUGUGACGAUGUGUGAACUUUAAUACAGGAGCUAGUUCUGCUAGCACUAUACUACCAGGGACUAAAUGUCACUUACAGCUAGUCCUGGGAUAAAUACCUCCUAAAGUAGUGAUAGAUCUUCACCGGGCUGCAGUGAUCCAGGGCCUUCACUUGUUUGGUUAUUGAAGUCAGGAAAUGGUGCUGAAGGUCAACAUUCCAAGUUGAUUGUGCGAUGAACUCAUUCUUCUUACAGCCAGAAGCCUGAGAGGAUUACAGAAGUCCUAGACAAUUACUGGUGUCAAUCUGUCACUAUUUCCAAAGAUUUUCAAGGAAUUCAAGUUGGAAUUGUAUCACGAGACUGUUUCGAUUUAAGGGUUUAUGAUUUUUUUUUUAAAACAGGAGAAAAAAAAAUAAUAUAUGGUUCUAAAGUUGCUGUUCCUACCCCGAAAGAGGUUUGUGUGUGCCAACUGAAAAGGGAGAGUGGAUCCUGACCCAAGUCUCCCUGUGACACACUCACCUGAGACUUAGAGGGUUUAGGUUUGGUUUUUGUAUAGUCUAGUUAUAAGAUGUAAGUUUUUUUGGUCAGCAUUAACACUGUAUUUACAUGUGCUUGGGGGUGUGAGACUUUUCUUUCAGAUGGGCGGGCAGGCAAAGUUUGAGAUUCUCUCACGUAAACAGUUUCUGUGGCUUCACUUUGUCAGAAUCCUCACCCCCACCCCCGCACAGUAAGCACUAUUCCUACUAUUACAAUCCAACCCCCUCUCCUCUGCCUUACUUAUAAAGUUUUCGGAAAGCUUGUAGCCCUGAGUGAGGUUUCCUUGAGACAGUGGAGAACUCCUACUUUCAAAGCUGUCUUAAGUUGUAGCAGUGUCAGUUACACUGGAAUUGAAUUAUUUGUCCAAACACACACAAGCUCAAAGUCCUUGUCUGAUCUGAGAUUAUUCCUGUGUGAAGAAUAAGCUUUUCUAAAAAUAAGUUUGUGUUGUAGGGCUGUUGGAAAGUUGUUUUGGUUGCUGAUAACUUGCUGCCUCACUUUGUCAGGCUGAGGGAUAAGCCUGUGGUUCAGCCUCAUUAUUUCACACUGCACUUUAUUUUCCCCACCCCUCUGUGCUUCUUGAGGCUAAUACACUGGAAACAAUUCCCUCCUACACCGUGCCUCUCUUCCCAAAGCUCCCCUCUAUCCAUCUAAAACCAGAAACUAGGCCCCUGAAUCUGCUCAGAGAGUGUGGGGGGAUAGUCAAAAAAAAACUCGCCAUCAGUUAAGGGCUUUUCUCACUGCAGGUCUAAGCUCCCUGAGAUUCUGUCCUUUCCUCCUACCUGGGCGCUGGGCGCAGUGUUUGUACAAUUAAAGCAUCGAAUAAAUUAUUAAUUUUUUGAAAAUAA